CAAGUAAUAAUGUUUUCGUUGGUCUGUUGACAUAUAGCUGAAAGUGUUGAGGGGAGUGUACUUUGAAAAGAAGGUUUACGUUUCAUGUAACUGAUGGAGCGGUCCAGUUGAAUGUAUCAUGGCUGCUACAUAACAGUAGAAAUGAAUCGAGCCCUUAUCCAAGCACUUGGUUUGGAUUAUUGAAUUUUAGUAGUGUACAGUUAGUUGCCAGCAGAAAUUCGUUUUUAUCGUUAUGUUUACCACGGCCCCUCGAAAUAUAUGUGGUAGAUACCACUAUAGCCGACUUAGCAGUUUGAUUCGUGGAUGUAAGAAGGACAAUUCCUUUUUAGGAUGUUGUAAUGUAGUUGGAUUCCAAAAUCACGUUCAUCAUUCGAGUAUUCAGACGUUUACUGCACAAAAACAUUUGUCUUUAUUGCAUACACGUUCUCAUCGAUGCAUUAGAAUUUUGAGUAGCCUUAAUACUUACAGGUGUUUUCACAAGACAUCUGUCGACAAUGAAAAACCGAAUAAACCGUUCCCAAAGGUUCUAUACAUACAGAAUCCAUUCUCUUGGUUAAUGAAUAAAUUAGAUUUUGGUAUUUUGAAAAAUACCUGGGAUCCACAGUUCAAUGAAUCGGAAUUUAAACGUGGAGCAAAACAGGCGGUGUCAACUAUAUCCCAACUGAUUUGUCAAGAUUUGAGGGAUGGACUGGCUGGUCUUCUAACAAGGAAAGCAACAACCAAACUAAUCCACGACAUUGAAACAUCAUGGAGCGAUGAGCAAAGGCGUCUUAUUGGGAUAGAACCAGAAGAUAUUCAGGUUGCUGUUCCACGGAGAGUUAACUUUCAGACCAUAGUGGAACAGAAGUUUUGUGACGUGGACAUGAUUUUUGUCGCCCUGAAGACAGCUGAACACAAAAGUUCAAGUGCCUUGAUCUUCAUUGAAAUACUAGCAAGAUUUCAUAGAAAUUAUACAGAAGGAAGAUUACCAGACUGGACCGUCUCACUGUUCCGUGUAACUCGAUUUGAUAUACGCCCAGUUCCUGCAGGGUAAUGGCACCACAACUGCAAGAUUUUAACUUGUUUUGUGUCUGUCUCAGACAAAUUGUUGUAAUUCAUAGUUUGAAAAAUGAGCUAAAUAUAAAAGUAUUACGAUGA